AAGCUGGAAAUAAAGCCUUUUUUAGAAGGAAACUUUUCCGUUUUGGGGAAAUUAAGGCUUCUAUUUUCCGAAACCAUGUACCCAUCUUUCAACAUGGAGAGCCACUUAAAUCUGAUGGAAACAUUUGAUUGCCAGAAGCCGGAAAAUAUGGUUGCUAGUUCUGUUGUGGAUCAGCUGAAUGCUUCAGAUGAGCUGUUGAAUCUUUUAUCCACUGAAGAGGAGUGUACGGCUAUUUUAAAUAAUAUUGCCAGCAAUAAUCAGUUUGGGACGCUCAGUGAUUUUGUGGAACUCACUGAUGUUCAACCUCUUUCGGGACGCCCAAGCGAUAUUCCAGAUAUGCAUGCCAAAGCUACAAAGGUCUCUGAAUUUACCUGCGAUAUUUGCCGGAAGGUAUUUGCAACUAAAAAACUGCUUAAGAAGCAUCUGAUGCGUCAUAAUGAGUUACCGGCAGUUCCUUGUGAAACAUGUGGAAAGGUUUUCAUGUUCAGAUAUGAGAUGAUUGCACAUUCCCGUUCCCAUUCUGGUCCGAGUUUUCAGUGCGAUAUUUGUUCUAAGAAGUUCAAACACAAAUCCAAUUUGAAUGCCCACAAAAAGCGCCAUUUGGAGCAAUUUACCACAUUCUGUGAUAUAUGCAGUAAAGGUUUCAUAUCUCAACAUGAAUGCAACCGCCACAAGAACUCAGUGCAUAUGGCGAAUGGAGGCUUUGUUUGCGAUACUUGCGGCCAAAUAUUGCGUACUUCAUCAGCACUAAAGGAACAUAUGGAAAUCCACAAUCGGCAGUCUGGACAUAAGAUGGAACAUAUCUGUAAUGUGUGCAAUAUAUCAUAUAGCACUAAUCGCAGUCUUAAGGAGCACUAUAAGAAAAUCCACUCUCAGAGAAAGCAAUAUGUUUGUUCAAUAUGUGGGAAAUCCUUGAGCAGUAAAAGCACUUUGGAAACGCACAUCAAAAUGCAUACUGGAUUAAAGGACUUCCACUGCAUAAUAUGUAAGAAACUUUUCGCCUCCAAAGGUUAUCUGCAAAUCCAUCAACGAAUCCACACAGGCUACAGACCCUUUCAAUGCACCAUAUGUCCGAAAAGUUUCAUGCAGAAAACCUCAUUGACCGAGCAUUUAAGGUAUCACACUGGAGAACGACCGUACAGGUGUGAAUGCGGAAGGAAUUUUAUAUCCAAAAGCCAUUUGAUGUCCCAUUAUAAAACUCAUGAUGUAGGAGGUGUUGAAAUUGAUUAUUCUAGUUAUCAGUUACAGGAUGCUGUGCAAUAAUGCACGUUUUAGAGCCUUGUUGUGUUUGUGUGUUUUUUUAUUGUGAGACACUUAAUUUCAGCGUAUUUUCUUAAAGCAAAACUUAGUUUUAGAUUGAUAUUCAAUACAGGUCAAACAGUUUCUUCCUUUUUCGUUCUGAGUCUGAAAGCGAAAUUUGCAUAUAUUUUUUUCAGUUUUCGUUAUAUUUAUACAUUAAAAUUGUUACAUUAAAACUAGCUUUUUAAUGUUUGUUCUGGUCAUUAACGACGUUAUUAUCUGAACAUGUUUGAUAAUAUAUUUGUAAAAACAA